AUGGUGUUUAUACCUUACCCCAUAGAAUAUGUGGUAUCCACUUUUAUCGAGCUCGAUGUCGAUCUCGGCCGAGCGUUGGGGCUCUUUGUGAACAAAAAGAUUCUGCGCGAUAACUUCAAAAGUAUGUAUUUUGAGAAAGUUCAAGUUUACAUAUCCGGCACGAGGAAGCAGAGGAAGGCCCUUUUUAUAGAAGGCGUAAUUGGCAUAGUGAAGGCCAAGGUGGAAAAGAAUGUCAACAACUCCGGUGCAACAAUUCCUUUCGAAGUGGAGUUUAAAGGGCUGACCGGCAUGCAAUGGUUUUGGUUUGGUUACUGGACUAGUGUUGAGAUGUUGAAGAUGCUAAGAGAAGAACGAAGAAGUUUAUGUUUUUCUUUUUUUUUU